UUUCCUCUUCCUUGCAAGUGGGAUUCCAUAUGGAGUUUGCUUCUUUCUCUUGCUUCCUUCUAUCUCUUCUUCUGAUCCUAGUUCAGGCAAAGAGAAGAAAUGAUACUACUUGACUAAAAUCCUUUCAUGCGGGCAUCUUACUGACAUGAGCUUUCCUUUCUCUCUUUCCACACAACCUGACUGUGGAAUACUGCCCAUGUUUGGUUGUGAUGCUAAACCAUCUCCAAAAGUCCAACUACUUCCUGGAGGAGAUUGGUACUAUGCUUUAGAGAAGCCGUAUAAUUAUACAGUUAAGCUGCGGGAUCCCAAGCUUUAUAACACGUCUACGCUAAACAAGUGCCAGGCUUUUAACAAAAGUUUCUCCCUUCCAGACUCUCCUUCCAUUUCUUUCAAAAUUUUGGAUAGUUUGAACUUCUUCAAAUGCAAAAUCACAAGUAGUAACACCCGAAACAUUACCCAGAAGAACGAUCAUUUUUCUGGUUAUAAAAUGUACAAUGGUUGUAAGGGAUUUAACAUAUACUACAAUCUUUCCAGAUAUGAUGAUAAAGACGUUCAUGCAGGCAGUCUUCCUGACAGCUGCUCACUUAUCAGAUUGCCAAUUCACAAAUCAGAUGAUAGUGAUUUGCUCAAGAUGUUAAGUGCUACAUUUCUAGUAGAAUGGAAACUGUCUGAGGACUGUUACCAAUGUCACUAUGGCAAAGGUCAAUGCCAGACUGAUAAAACCAAUAAAUUUCAUUGUACAUAUCCAAAUAAUCAAUAUGCUCAAGAUGCAAAAAUGACUAGAAGAAAGUUCGGACCGACUCUCGGAGCAGGUUUUGGUGGAUUCGGGUUGGCGAUGAUAACUUGUUUAAUUAUCUACUUUAUCUGGUGUUACAAGAAGAGGAAAUUUAGUUCGUCCCGCUUCCUCUCAACAAAGAAAUUCUCAGAUAUAUUUAAAGAAGACGUCGAGGGAUGCAGUUUAUAUUUUGGUGUUUCAGUCUUCUCUUAUUCAGAACUUGAAGAAGCCACAAAGAAUUUUAAUUCCUCUAGAGUCCUUGGAAAUGGUGGUUUCGGAACUGUUUACUAUGGAAAACUUAAGGAUGGAAGAGAGGUUGCUGUGAAGCGCCUCUACGAGCACAACUGCAAACGAAUGCAGCAGUUUGUGAAUGAAAUUGAGAUCCUUACUAGACUAAGACACAAAAAUCUUGUCACCCUCUAUGGCUGCACUUCAAGGCGAAGCCGUGAGCUACUCCUUGUCUAUGAAUACAUUCCUAAUGGAACUCUUGCUGACCACCUCCAUGGUGACAGCGCGAAGGACAGAUCACUCGCAUGGCAAAUCCGCAUGAACAUUGCCAUAGAAACUGUUGGUGCAUUGGCUUACCUGCAUGCUUCUGACAUAAUACACUGCGAUGUGAAGACUAAUAACAUACUCCUUGAUCACAACUUUAGUGUUAAAGUUGCAGAUUUUGGGAUUUCAAGGCUCUUCCCAAAUGAUGUCUCUCAUAUUUCAACUGCACCCCGGGGGACCCCUGGCUAUAUCGAUCCAAAGUAUCACGAAUGUUACCAGUUGACUAGUAAAAGUGAUGUCUAUAGCUUCGGGGUGGUCCUUGUUGAACUCAUUUCAUCAAUGCCAGCUGUGGAUAUGAAUAGGCAUAGCCAAGAGAUUAAUUUGGCUAACUUUGCAAUAAACAAGAUCGUAAAAUGUGCAUUUCUCGAGUUGAUCGAUCCAUCCCUGGAGUUUGAUUCAGAUACCAAGAUUUGGGAAAUGACUAUUUCAGUGGCAGAGCUGGCUUUUCUGUGCUUGCAGACAGAUAGGGACAUGAGGCCUACUAUGGCUGAAGUUUUGUGUACUCUAAAGGAGAUUCAGACUAGUGAAGUUGGCACUGAGAAGAGAACUGAGUCCAAUCUCAAUUUCAAUGAUGAAGCUAAAACAGUACUAGCUCCUCCUUUCCCUGAAUCAGAAGAUAUAUUAUUGUUGAAGAAAGUGAAAUCACUACCUUUUCCAAAUUCUGUGAUUGAUAAAUGGAUUACUUGCUCUGAUAUAACUAGUACAAAGUAGUUAAAAGUUCUAUACCCCUUUCUUUGUUAUUUUCUGUCAAUUUUGAGAGACUGCAAAUGUACUAUUGUGAGAAGUUUCAUUGAGCUAUCCAUCCAUGGGUGGAAGUGAUUCGAUUUUUAAUUUCAUUAUAUAAGAUCUAGUUUAAGUUGUAUACACUGGCUGUUAUUAGAACUUUUUAAUUGAGAACUCAUGGAGUUAUUGAGGA